AACCCCUGAGCCAAACCGGCCAGGGUUCAGUUAGCACAUUUAUUAUUUAUUAGGAUGUAUCAACUUUUACCUCUUUUUUCAAAUUUGGGCCCUUUCACCCACUUCCUUAGCUUCAUUGGCCUCUCUGGCUUAUGCACAUUCAUUCAACAUAUUCAUCAUCUGUGUGGUAUGUAUCAGGUCCACACUAGUUUCAGAGGAUACAGAGAUGGAUGAAGCAAGGCCCUUGCCUCAUUUGUUGGAAACAUAUUCAUUAUUAUAUUAGUCUGCUUGGGCUACCGUUACAAUACCACAGACUAGGUGCUUAAACAACAGAAACUUAUUUUUUCACAGGUCUAGAGGCUGAUGGGCCAUGGUCAAGGUGCUUGCAAGAGUCAAUGCAUGUGUGGAUGUGGUCCUCUCAGGGGUGAAGCUCUUGCAGGCACUUGGCCUGAAUCCUGGGGAUGGGAAAGAUCACUCCAUCCUGCAUUCAAGGAAUGAUCUGGAAGAAGCCUUCACUCACUUCAUGGGGAAGGGAGCAGCUGCAGAGCGCUUCUUCAGCGAUAAGGAAACUUUCCAUGACAUUGCCCAGGUUGCGUUCAACUUCCCAGGAGCCCAGCACUAUGUAGGAGGAAAUGCAGCUUUAAUUGGACAGAAAUUUGCAGCCAACUCAGAUUUAAAGGUUCUUCUUUGUGGUCCAGUUGGUCCAAAACUGCAUGAACUUCUUGAUGACAAUGUAUUUGUUCCACCGGAGUCACUUCAGGAAGUGGAUGAGUUCCACCUCAUUUUAGAGUAUCAAGCAGGGGAGAAGUGGGGCCAAUUAAAAGCUCCCCAUGCCAACCGAUUCAUCUUCUCCCACGACCUCUCCAACGGGGCCAUGAAUAUGCUGGAGGUGUUUGUGUCUAGCCUAGAGGAGUUUCAGCCAGACCUGGUGGUGCUCUCUGGAUUGCACAUGAUGGAGGGACAAAGCAAGGAGCAACAGAGGAAGAGACUCUUGGAGGUUGUGACCUCCAUUUCUGACAUCCCUGUUGGUAUUCCAGUUCACCUAGAGCUGGCCAGUAUGACCAAUAGGGAGCUCAUGAGCAGCAUUGUGCAUCAGCAGGUCUUUCACACAGUGACUUCCCUUGGGCUGAAUGAACAGGAGCUGUUAUUUCUCAGCCAGUCAGCAGCUGGACCUCACUCUUCUCUCUCUUCUUGGAAUGGUGUUCCUGAUGUGGGCAUGGUCAGUGACAUCCUAUUUUGGAUCUUGAAGGAACAUGGGAAGAGUAAAAGCAAAGCCUCAGACCUCACCAGGAUCCAUUUCCACACGCUGGUCUACCACAUCCUGGCAACUGUGGAUGGACACUGGGCGAAUCAGCUGGCAGCUGUGGCUGCAGGAGCUCGUGUGGCUGGGACACAGGCCUGUGCAACAGAAACCAUAGACACCAGCCAAGUGUCUCUGAGGGCACCGCACGAGUUCCUGACUUCCCGUUCGGAGGCAGGCUCCAGGAUCAUAUUCAACCCUGAUGAGCCAGUGGUAGAAUGGCACCGGGAGGGGGUGUCCUUCCACUUCACACCUGUAUUAGUGUGUAAAGAUCCUAUUCGAACUGUGGGCCUUGGAGAUGCCAUUUCAGCUGAAGGCCUCUUCUAUUCAGAAGUACAUUCUCACUAUUAGGAAGGUUGUUGUGGAUAAUUUUUCUGAAGAGGGAGAACUAGCCAAUUUAAGAAUUACAGGAAUUAAUUGGUUUGGAAAAUAGGAUUGAGGUGUCAAAACAGUUUCUAGAUUUAAUUCAAAGACAGCCAACGAGACAACAGCAGAUCAGAUACAUUCCAGCCUAUUGACAAUUAUGCAAAAACAUUUCAGGUUUUAAUCAAAAUUUAUCUACUACUGAGACUGGAUUUUUAUUUUUUAUGUUGUGUGUUAUAGGGGUAAAGACCCGAAUCCCAAAUCCCAGUUUACACAGCAUUGUCAAGUAUUUCAGGCCAGACUUCUUCACUCUGGAGUGCAUGCCUGCUGGAAAAAACACCUCCCUCCUGCCCCCUUCAGAAGUGCAUGCUCAG